AUGACCACAUUCCUCAGCUAUGCCUCUUCCCUGGGAUGUAAGAACGAAGACGCGCUGGCCCUCAUCCGCCGGCACUGUUCCAAGGAUAGCAGCAUCCGCCGCGAGGGAGAAUACCAUGACCACGACGACGCCGAUCUGUUGCCGACUCCACAACGACUGCGCCAAGCCUUCCCGGCCGACGCCGAGAGCCAUAUCAGAAUCCAAGACUUUCUCCACUGCCUCUGUGUCCUCUGCAAACCACAACAUGGCGCCCUCGAGGACGACGACCGCGAGCGCCUUCUCCCACACGAAAUCCUGAGCAAUGACAAGACGUUGAAGGCCUUUGCCACGCUGAUUCUGUCCGGCUGUCUCUUCGCACUGCGCGAGUACGUCAAGAGUGAAGAUGACCUCAAAACAUUCACCAAGUUCAUCGGCAAUCCGGGCAGAGCCUUGCGUCGACGACUGUUUCGCUUGGUCGGCACGGACGAUGCGCUGUGUCCGCACACCGAGGAGACACGGCCAGCCACCACGUUGUUGUCACAGCAGUGCGUGACCUGUCUUGCCUCGACCUUUCGCGAGUGUGUUGGCCGCAAGUUCCGCCUGCAAACGAUCAAGACGCUCCGGAAAUCAGACAAGAUCGAAGACUACGUUCUGUCCAGGACGAAUCUUCCUAUUGUGCUGGAGCACGAGGAUCAGAUCGACAAACCUUCCAGACCAGGCGUGCGCUUUUCUCGUUGCAAGAUUGAAGCCACGCACUGUCUGAGCGAAGAGCUGACGCAGCAUGAGUUAUUCCGCAAGAGGUAUCGCCUGUUACCAAGCGAUGGACACCACGACCACGAGCCCACUCCCUCCGACUUGGAAACCGUCACACUCGAAGAGAAAGAGGCUUCCAUUGCUUUGGCGCUUGGCAGUCUUGAUCACGCGAACAUCGCCAAGGUGAUCCUCGUCUUUCGAGAAGAUGCUGAUGAUCCCCACUUGAGUCUCCUAUUCAAGCGCGAGCAACACAAUCUCGAAGAGUAUCUACAGGAAUUCACUUCUGCAAAUCUGCUUGGUGGGUUCGUCAGUCGCGUCUGGGAACAUACCAUCCUGCUCGACCAUGGCCUUUGGCGAAAUCUCCUGGGAAUCGUGGACGCUGUCGCCACCAUACACGAGGUAGCCGAAGGGGGAAAGCAACCCCGACGGCUUGGUCCGCCUAUCUUCGGUCAUUUCGAUAUCAAACCUGCAAACAUUCUCGUCAGUGAUGGCGGAACUCUGCUUCUCACCGACUUCGGCCAGGCAGCAUCUCGCACCGUCGGGACAAGUGACUACGCGCCACCGGAGCACGAGCUCAGCAAUCGUGUAGAGCUGGUCCCUAGCUACGAUGUGUGGUCCAUGGCUUGCGUCUUGCUUCAAGCCUUGGUCUUUAUACGUUCCGCGGCCGAGGGCGGCGAGCAAGAAGGCAAAAACGCUGUGCAUACCUUCUACUCACAACGCCUGCACGAGACUGAACACAAUCAAGCAGGUGCCUUUUGGAUCAAGAAUCACCAUGGUCCGGGCUCAUCCCUGAGGAAGGCGGUGGACAAUGAGCUGACACAGCUCGCAACCCGCCGGCACCCCAAGACGAAGGUCGUCGUCAACCAAUUACGGCAAAUGCUGUCUGUCAAUCCCGUACGCAGACCAACUAUUCGAGAAUGUCUGAAAGUGUUCGGCUCCUCCGGAUUAGGUCGAGACAUAUUCCGCACACCUGGAGACAUUAAUGUAGAGCCCGAGCUCGCAAACUGGAUCACUUCUUUCAGCACUGAAGUCCAACGAGAGCCUGUGCCUUGCCGACUUCAGCUGUAUCGAGCACUACAAUCACGGCGAGGGCCACCAGAAGUCAACCUCACUUUGGAGUAUGAAGGCGAGCCCUCUACGCACUCUCGGACAGACAUGAGAUCUGUGCACGAAGUAGCACUCGUCCCUAUUGCUCUCUUCAAUACCAACAUCGUCGCUGGUCGCAGCUUUAGUCAAAGCUCUCAAACCAGUCGCGAUGGCACCACCUUGAGACUUGGCUUCAUGAAUUUCUUUCGCGGAGUGACCCUGCACUUCCUUGCUCCUGCUACUUACCUGGAAUUCAUGACUUUGAUGACACACCAGAUGAUCCUGCCGGAUGCCCGCACAGACCACCAUGAUACGAAGGGGGCCGGCGUGCGCUUCAAGUCUUGUAAAGUGGUAGAACGUCGAGACUGGCCACACCGGAACAGAGAGCAUGAAUUUACCGACGGCAUUGUCCAGGUCUGGGAAGCUCUGAGUCCCGAGGCAUACGAAAGCCGCUAUCCGCACGUUGAUUCGACUCUCACUCACGAACCGCUUCGUCGCGCGCCUCCUGUCACUUAUGAUACCGUUCAACGCCUUCCCGUACCUCCACCGGCGCAGAUCAGCAGGUAUAAGAUGGCGCUAUUUGGCCUCGAGAAAGCAAGUCGCUUGCGAUGUUGUCUGAUUGCCGAUGUCGGUACGGACAGCUACACCUUGGAGAGCAAAGCUUCUGCGCACUCAUUGGAAUUCAUCGAAAAGAGUGAAGCCAAGUUCCGAUCUGUUGUGUAUCGCUCCCAGAGUCCGGAAAGCUAUCCCGGAUUCCCCAUCUCACCGGAUGUUCUUACGACACAGAUCAAAGACUUGGGAAUCAGGACAUCGAGUAUCCUACUAGAAAUGGAGCGCGACUGCAACCACCACAGAGAUCUUCGACGACUGAUUGCCGGGGGACCAGGGACACCCAUCAAGCCAGUAUAAUGUUUAUGAUGUUGUUCAAUCCAUGAUACCCACUCCUGCUUUAUCACUCUAGCAUGUACGCGUGCAUGUAUACCUAUAUAUAUAUCAGAUUCCCCACCAUUACUUCUUGCU